UACGGAUGAACAGCGACCAGAGAAAUUGGUCGUUUAAAGGGAGUAUUUUAGAUUACUUAUUAUAUAUACCGUGUAGCCAUCAAGCCUGGAAAGAUGUCACGAUACUUCUGGGCGGCUAUGUGCUGCGCGGGCAUCGUAGCCCUAAACUUUGGGGUUAUAGGUUGCUGUUUAGGUCCUUCAAAAUUGUUUGCAAUGCGAGAAAUGAGAGUGUAUUCAGGAAAACAGGUGGACGAUAGUAAAAAAAAAACAUUCGUUGACAGUCUUCUUAGUGGUUCUGUUUUCCUUGGAUGCGCUUUAGGAUCUGCUCUCAUUAGCAUUCUUUCCAAGUAUGGACGUCACAAAUGCAUGAUUAUAAUUAAUUUAUUGAGUGUUGUUGGCUGCUUUGGGGCCAGUGUUGGUGGCCAUUGGUCACUAUUCAUGAUUUCUAGACUGCUUUCCGGUAUAUCUGUGGGUAUGUCUGGUGUUGCUGCCAUGUAUUUAAGUGAAAUUUGUCCUAGAAGCAAACGCGGUAUGUAUGGAGCAAUAUACAGUGUUUUUGUAACAUUUGGAGAAAUGGCUAUUGUCAUGUUCCAAUUAUCACAUGGUGAUGCCCUAAAUGAUAGUGCAAAAUGCAAAUGCCACAUGCCCUGUAAGAACCAACUUAAAGAUCAAAUUUUAUGGCGUAUAUCUCAAAUGGCAGGUGGUAUAUUCAGUUUGAUAGGCCUCUAUUUAUUAGUUACCACUGUUAAAGAAGAUAGUCCUUUUGUCCUUGCAAAAAAUGGCCAACUUGAGGAAGCUAGACAAGUGCUUGAAAUGUUACAAGGUAAACAACAUGUAGAGCAGAGCUACAACGAACUCAUGGAAGAUUUGGCCAGCCAGAGUGCCAGUGGAGCAAAGAAGGCAAGCAUCAUGGAUGCAUUCAAGCACCCAGAUUCUCGUUAUGCAUUAUUUGUUGUUUUCGGUAUCGCCAUUCUACGUCAAAUGUGUGGUAUUUAUGUCUUCACUUUAAGUGCAUCGGAGUUGUUCGGCCAGAUUGUCGGUGAAGGUUUUAAGGCUUCAGCUUGGGGUGUGCUCUGCCCAGUUGCCAAUUUCCUUGUUUGCUGUGCUAUGCCAUUCUAUGUAGAAAAGUUGGGUCGUCGUACUUUAUUUAUCAUAGGGAGUGGUUCAGGUUUCAUUAUUAUGGCCAUUGCAUUGAUCAUACAGGCUACUGAUGGCAAAGGAGCUGAAGCUAAAAAGAACGGCGACAAAUGUUGUUGUUGUAGUGCUGAGUCUGGUAGUUCCAGCGGGAAGUGUUGUACUGGUGGUGCCUGUAAAAAUGGUGGCAAAUCGUGUGCCUGUAGUAAGCCUGAACAUCCCAACUGUGAACCUCCUUGUGAAAAUGAGCAUCAUGGAGAAUGCUCGUUUUCUAAAACUACCAACGGCGAUGCAAAAUGGCAAAAAUACUUUAUGAUCGUUGCAUGCAUCCUUUUCGUAGGCUGCUUCGCCACUAGUUAUGGUGGUGUUUCGUGGCUUUACUUCGGUGAAGCUUUACCUCCAGAGUACAAAGACUCAGCCUACUCUGUUGCCAGUGUGCUUAAUUGGUUAACAUGUGCCAUUGUUGUUUCUACUGCAAAGCCGAUGCAAAAUGCCCUAAGUGAAAACGUUUACUGGUUCUACGUCAUCUGUUCUGGAAUCGGUUGUGUUUUUGCUAUAUUGUUUGUAAAGGAGACCGCUGGUGUACCACUUGGCCAAGCAUACAAAGGCGCUACUUGUCCAGAGAUCAUUACUAAAAUCGCAUCACUUUUCACGAAGACAAAACCUGUAAUACACGAAGCUGCCAAAACAGGAAUGAAAAAUAUAAGAGCGUAACAUGUUCUUAUGAUGUGGUAUUUUCGGUACCACGCCAAAUCGAAGUGUUUCAUGAUGGUAGCUGUGGAUAUAAGCAAUACCAUCGUAUGAAGCCCGCUUUUAAUGAAGUGUUAAUUGUGUAUCGUCGUCAGAGCUAGGAGCUUAUUUUUGUUGGAUUUAAGGGCUACUACUAUGGACGAACGUAUCACAUGCUAACUGUACACAAUGAAGGGCUUUGUUGCCUGUAUUUUGAAGCUGUACGCUUAUAAGUUGUUGUUCAUGUCAAUUUAAACAUGGAUAAAGUUACAGCACUACAGAUAAAUCAUUCUGCGUGGUAAGGAUUAGAUCCCGGCUCCGGAAUGAAUUG